ACAUUUUCUCAUAUGUCAUGUCAGCAAUACUGCAAGGCUGCCGUUUUGCUGCGCAUUGUACCACUUCUUCAAUAAAAACAGCAAGAAAAUUCUAUACAUUUAAGAAAAUGACUGACAAAACGGUAGAUUUUACCACUACGAAUGGGUUGGAGAGCAAAACUCCGUUCCUGAUCGGCGUCGCAGGAGGCACAGCCAGUGGCAAGUCAACAGUAUGCCAACGCAUAGUAGAAAAGCUCGGGCAGCAACACAAGGAACAAACAGAGAGGCGUGUGGUCUGCAUCAGCCAGGACUCAUUCUACCGAGAGCUCACACCCUCGGAGAGGCUCCGUGCCGAGCGGGGGCAGUUCAACUUCGACCACCCUGACGCCUUCGAUGACAAGAAGUUGCUGGCGACACUGAAGGAUAUACUGCAGGGGAAGAAAGUCGAAGUGCCUAUAUAUAAUUACAUCACUAAUUCAAUUAGCAACCGCACGCACACAAUCUACCCUGCUGACGUGGUGCUCAUCGAGGGGAUCCUGGUGUUCUACUUCCCCGAGGUCCGAGAACGGUUCCACAUGAAGCUCUUUGUUGAUACUGACUCUGACACCAGGUUGGCGAGGAGAGUGCCGCGGGACAUCAUGGAGCGAGGCCGAGACCUGGAGCAGGUGUUAAACCAGUACAUGAACUUCGUGAAGCCCGCCUUCGAGGAGUUCUGUUUGCCGACCAAGAAAUUCGCUGAUGUCAUUAUUCCCAGAGGCGCUGACAAUAUCGUGGCUAUUGACUUGAUAGUGCACCACAUAUGGGACAUUAUGUAUAAGAAGCGGUCGCCGCCCCGCCUGAACGGGUGCAAACACGAAGAGGAGACCGGGGCGAGAAGGAUGUCCGGCAGCUCGGAGGACACGCUGAGUCGAUAGGGGGAGGGUGGGGACUUUUGAGAUGCACUAGGGUGAAAGGAGACUGAAUGACAGUUACAUACAAAGUUGCAUAUGUUAAGUUACCGAUGGCGUGAAACGAAUAAGUGAGUGAAGUUAUCUAUGAAUAAAAAAUAUCAAAGCAUCUCUCACAUAACAAAGGUUCAUUGAUUGUGUAAGAGUGCAUCCAACACAAAGACUUUAUAUAAGCCCACAAAGUCGCACAUACUAGCCCUAUGCUGCAUCUCGAAAGUCGCGUAGUUUAGCACAUUCACUGUGCCCCCAACGCACAUAUGCGUUCACCGUCAUACAAGUUUGUUCCUACGCCACGCCCCCUGGCAGUGAAUGCGUUAAACCUAUUUUAGGUACAUAUAUUGUUCUAUGUAAUAAGAGUACGUGCGAUUUUUCAAAUUACAUAAUUUUUGACGAAAAAUAAUUAGUUAUGUACCAACGUACUUUUAUGUUUAACUAUGUCCCGAAGAUAUCUCAGUAGGUUAGGUAUAUGGAUAUUGGAUAUCUUUAAAAAAAAUGCAAAAGAUCAUAUAUAAAUGAAAUAAAGGGCAUGUAGCAGGAAGCAUACACACGCAAUGUGCAAUAUUGUAUUUAUUAAAUAUUUAAAUUUAUCUCAAUCAUUUCACUUAACCAAAUAUUUAGAAAAUAAUUAUGUUUUUUGAAAAAUCACAAGUACGCAAGCGUCCCAGUAAUAUAUUAGGUCCUUACCUAUGAAAUUGGCGUUUUUGUUCAUAGAUAUAAGUCUGAUCCUAGUUUUUUUUUUUUUACAAAAGUACAUACACAAUUACAAUAAAACUACAGUGCACUCAAUAAACAACGAUUUUACAUACAAUUAAUUGUUAUUUUUUAUUGUUAAGUGUUCAGAAUUAAGCCUUGAAAAUAGGUCUUUUCAUGUGCUGUCGGUUCGAGUAUUAAAAUUACUUAUAUUUUUCUAAUGGUACCAAUUUUCAAGAAAUGGAGAUAUUGAAAACAUACCUUAAAGGUGUCAAAAAUUACUGGAAAAAAUUUGUUUGGUUUGAAUUAGCCAUCAAAAAAAUAUCCGCAAAAUUAAUUGUAUGGAAAUUCGUGUUUCGUUGAAAUUCUCCGAACAAAACGCCAAUUUCAUAGGUAAUGACCUAAUACCUGUAUUUGUACUACCUUAUUUACUUAAUCGUAAGUUACAUCAUGUAGGCCCUUAUUUGAUGAAAUAUUAUUAUAUGUGCAAUUUUUACAACCAACAUUAGCUAUCAAUUCGGUGAAAUAAUUUUGUAGUACAUAUGUACAUGAUGAUUUUUUUUACAAACACUCAUGGUUUUUAUUUGUAUAAGCAAUGUAUUUUUUAUACAAAAUUCCCAGCUAAGACUGCACACUAGGCGCCGCUUUUAUUUGACUUUUAGGUUAUUUUUUAGUUGUAAAUCUCCUUGCAUUUCUUGAGGAAAGCAUUGUGCAUGUCCCGGUAUUUUAUUUUUAGGCUUGCCUGCCUCGUAUUAAACUAAUUAAGCCAUUCUACUUUUCGUUGACGAUAAGAUAUUACUUACGUUUGCUUUCCAGCUUUAAAAAUAAUGUUCUUUUUGAACAAUUAAUUAUUUUCAAUGAUUAAUGUACUAUUUUGAAACACAAAUUGUAUAUACUAGUUAAAAAUAUAUAUUUCUUGCGCAAUAGUGUGACAAACGAAAAGUAGAAUGACGUGUUUACCUCCUAUACCUAUACGUCUACCAUCAGUUUUGACAUUGACAUAUACUCUCACGUUUCCGUAACUUACUUUCUAUGCAUCUCGCUCGUACUCGCAUAUUAGUGCAAGCGAGAUGUACAGAAAGUAAAUUACGUAGACGUGAGCGUUAUGUCAAUGUAAAAACUGGUGGUAGACGUACUACUAUACACAUUCAAUGGGCCCCUGUUACGUGACUAUGGUAAUGUACUGUUAAAAUGAGUUGGAUCGUGGGGCCUACGAGUUGACCGAUAAUAUUGUAUGGUUGAUACAGUCAGUGAGUCAGUUAACCAAGUAUUAAAUACAUUGAACUUAAUACUUGGUUAACAUUUAUACUUUUAAAAGGCAUCGACUUUUUGAACAUAUUUGUGCAAUACGAGUAUAAAGAUGAAAUAAAACAAACGCAAUAUAUUUUAUGUACCAAAAUAAUUACGUGCAAUAAUAAUUAAUAAUACAUAAUGAUGGGUUUAAAGAAGUUCUGCAUAUUUGAGGAUUUUUGUUUCGUUGCAUAAUUCCACAAUUGAACAAAUGCUACCUAUUAGCCGGUAUUACCUACCUAUGCUAGAGCGAGCAUACGCGCAAGGCAAUUUCCUCGCGCACAAAACGGCCAGUGUAGAUGUGCCUCUCGCGCGCCGCCUCGGACGAGUGAAUCCGGCUAUUGACUGUUAUUUGUUAUACAAACCUAUAACCUCACUAUAUGACUCAGUUCAGCGGUACUGCACCUAAGACCAUUUUCAAUGUUUUCAUAUUGUCCGAUCCGAUAGCUGCUUGAAAAUGCACUAUGGCAUCAAGUCCUUUAAUUAUUCCAUUAACGCUUUGUUUAGGAUAACAAACAAAUAUUACAUAAAAAAUGCCUUUUUUGCUUCUCCGUCAUCCGAUAUCGGAUCGGAUAAUGUUAAAAUGCUAAAUUAAUAUGAUUUCGCGGUUAUUGCAUGAUUGACACAUUGAAAAAUCCCAUUUGACUGCAAUAACGCAAGUCUACUGUAGUUUAGUUAUGUGUACUGCUAGAUAGUCCCGGUGACAAUGUAAUUGCGUAACUAGUGUAGAACACCACAGAAUCGGGCCGAUAUUACAACUACAUAUUUGUAGUUUUUAGGCCGUUUAGGCCAACAAAUGUUUAUGCCCCAAUAUGUAAUCCGUACUCUAAUGUUAAGGUGUUGAUUUGUGUAUUAGUUAUGUGUAUUUUAAGGCUGAUUUUAAUUUAGUAUUAGUAACCUUUCCUUAAAGUUUGAUACAAGUUAUGCCACACACACACACACACACACACAAAACCAUGGACUGAAUACCGGCAUUAUUUUUAUGAUAUUAAAUACCACAGUGAAACACCAUCCUCUUUUGGUAUUUGUUAAUGUUUAAGGUUAAAACGUUUUAUUUCUCUUAAAUACCUUUCCUAAAUGCCAUUAUGGAAUAUAAAAAACUAGCGAAUAUCAAGUAACAUUUUUAUACUAAUUUAUACUGGUAAAGGUCCUUCCAGAAAAUCUUGUUCAAUAUUGUGCACAAAUUGUUUCAUUUAUAUAAUUACUACUGCCAAACGAAUAGCAUUUCAUUUUUUGCUGUGUAUACUUUUUUCAAUCUUCUCUGCAUUUGUAUUGUUUAUUUAGAUUUUAUUUGUUCUUACAUAUAUGUAACCACUUAAAAAUAGGUUGUGGUGUAAAGUACAGAUCAGUUAAUUCUGGUGCAUUCAUUUCAAAUCGCACAACUUUAAAUUUAUAUCUUAACUUUGCCCAGUUACCACUACCAGCCACAAGUAUGUUUUGCUAUUGUCAUAUAAAUAACCUAACAUUUAUACGACAGAUGUUUUCUGAAAUAAUAAUUAAUAUCUGGGAGACCGAGCUUUGCUCGGAAAACAUAUAAAAACUCAAAAAUGCGCGUUUUCCCAGAGAUAAGACCUAGCUAGGUCGAUUUAUCGCCCCCGAAAACCCCCAUAUAGCAAAUACCAUCGAAAUCGUUUACAGGUAUUAGAUAGAUUAUAUAUUUUACAUAUAAAUAAACAGAUAUACAACAACCUAUAAAUUGAUAUAAAUAAAAGAGUUAAGCAUAUAAACUGUCGAUAAGAUCAUGGUUGUCCUUAAAAGUGCGAGAUUACGAAGUAAUAAAGGCGAAUUGGUUUGUUUACCUACAUUAUUCGCAAUUUCUAUUGAACUCAACUUUACAUAUUACCUAUAUUAAAUUGAUGUGUCGUCCCCAAUUGUCGCCUAGGUUUUAUAUGCCAUAACGUUUUGUGACAUAGCAUUAGUUACUUAAAUGUGAUUGCAUUGCAGAAUUUGAAGACCUUACUGAGAAAGUACUUUUAGAAACUUGUCACCAAAUCUUUACAAAAUAGAAUAUUAAAUAGAUACCUACAGCAAGUUAUUUCAUUCAAGUAGAUCAAACGGGAAAUUAUAUCUCCUUUAAUCCAUAUCUAAAUAUUUACACAAAAUAGGAAUAUUUUCUUGAUAUUUAACCUGAUUUUCGCUCAAAGUAACAUAAUUUUUUCGAAGCUAUUAUAGUUCGUUUUACUAAGAUUUUUGUUAUGAACUACGCAGAUACCAACAUAAUUAAGUUGUUAGAAUGGCCGAGCUCAAACAAACAUUGCACUUACAGGACAACUACUAUAAGUGGUGGGUGGUAUGUACUUCAAUUUAAAUCCAAACAGAUUAUGUUUACUAAUAAAAAAUGAAAGUAAAUCACUGUUGAAAAUUACAAAACUAAUAAUUUUAUACAAUUGCAAUAGUUGGAACAAGCUACAAGAAUAAUAUAAUUGUUGGAAUUUAUUUUAAGGGAUUGGUUGUAUUCUUAGAAAAUAUAGGUUAAGUGUAUGAAGGAUUAUGUUAUUGUCGUAUUUUAAAUACUGUCGCUAAUUAAAGCAUAUUAAACAUGCAUUGGCGUUUUAUCAAUAUAAAUCCUGUGAAUUAUUGUGAUAAUUUGAAAAGGUUAGGGUAUUAAUUUUUACGAAAUAUAUAAAUUAGAAAUAGUCCCAAAUGUCCGGGCGUAAGGCUGCGGCAAGCUACAAAAGAUCUUGUAGACGGUCUUCUGCACAUUGCCACAUCAAUUGUAUAAAUUCGACACUGUAUAUUGUUUAUGAUCUUAAAAGCAAACGGACGAAUAAUUUAUCACAAUUUGCUUUGUUUUUAUUAUUACAUUAUAAGAAAUGUUAGUUUAGUUGGUUUAUGUUAAGAUUAGUUAUAGAAACUUUUGCUAUAAUGAUUUUCGCGUGAUUAGUUUACGCGUUUUUAGUUUAUCACUUUAUAUGUUAUAUUUCCGGGGAUGUGUACGUAUUCAAUUUCAAUGUUUAAUGUAUGAAGUGUUUUCGGGGGUCGACUAUGUGUCUGUGGGUAUCAGGUAUGCCUUAACCUUUCCUAUGCGUUAGUUGUUAAAAAUAGUGAGUUCAAUUCAAACCUCGGUCGCGCCGAAUAUGCGCCGCCUCGCGAGGAAAUUGCCUCGCGAAACCGCUCGGCCUGUGUAGACGUGCCUCGACGGCCUGCCUAAUAGAGAAGCAAAAAUAAUGCUCGACAAAAAUCCUAAAACAUAAUUAAAUAUUCGGUCAGGAUCCUUAUUUUACAAGAGGUUAACUUUAAUCAUCAGCCUAUUAUAUUCCACAAUAGCUCACACUUGGUGGUUUCUAUUUUUAAACUUAUUCGAUUAGGUAAUUUGUAAAUUAGACGUGAAAGUAUAUUUCUCAGUUAAAUGAAUCAGUACACAAAGAUUAACUGCCCAUAUAACCAUUCCAGUCGCAGAAUCACAAAGUGGUAACUAAAUGUCAGAUGUGUCGUAACAGAGUCCACACAAUGUGUCUAGAAUUGUUUCGAAACAAAGUGUCGUCGCCGUGUCUACACUUUUCCGUAACAAGGUGUCGACACAUUUGUGUGCACUUUGCGUGCGGUUUGCGACUAAAUCUGACAGCAAAUGUCAAUAUAAAAUACCUCUUGAAAACCAAGGUUUGUCAAACUACUAUUAGUGUCUCGUGUGCUCGUAAUUCUAGUAAGUCAUCAUGGGCAAUGCAAAUGAUAAUAAUCGACCGAAACCAUAUAAACACCCAACACCCG